GUCAAAUUACGAUCGGCUGAUAUCGUCGAUCGUAAUUGUGUUUAUUAAUAUUAAAAUGUAUUUAAUGGAAUAAUAUAAACAAAGCCAUGGAUGAAAACGAGUUCUUCAGACAGACAGUGCAGCAUUUGGCUCGAUGUUUAUCGAGCAUUAACCCGACGCCAUGGGAGAAGGUGAACACCCUAUUCAUGCUAUGCCCUCAAGCUGGCUCCUCCCUCAUAGUGACUCCAAGAAGUCAAGAGGCAACCAUAGCUUUGGGACUGUACUUCCUUCAGAGCAACUUACAGCAUCAGGAUAAGCUUCUGCCAUACUUCCUGAAAGUCCUGAAGUGUCUCACUACUGCACAGUUUGAGGAGCCACUAUGCAGAAUCAAAAAUGGCGACCGUAUCCCAAUGUCGGAAAAAUUCAGCUUCUGCCUCAACACCCUUCUCUCGGACAUCUCCACAAAGCAGCCGUCACUGCGAGAGGAAAUUAUUACAGCCCAAAUAGAGCUUAUGUCCAACCUCACAAAGAUCAUAAUGACUUGUCAUGAGAGCAAGGAUUAUAGUAGCACCAUUUCCAAAAUUCAAUUAUGCAAGAGUACCAUUCCUAUUUUGAUAGGUUUAGCUCGUUCUAUGGGCCGGUAUGCUACAGUUGAGCCGCCUCUACUCUGCAGAUUAUUUCCGCAACCCCCAAGUCCUGUGAAGACUAAGGAACCUGAACCAAACUUUGAGUAUUCCACGUUAGAUAAAAAGAGAAAGUUCAACCAAUUUAGACCUAUUAUCCCAAGGUCCUUAUCUGGUAAUUUAAAUCCUAAUAAUGAAAAUCUUAUGGAUCAUGGAAACGAUACGGUUGAUAGCACAGGAGGGACCCUUAAAAGGGGGUCAUUGCAUAGUUACAAUUCAGUUCCUUAUGACCCUACAACAUAUUUCUUCCACAAGUUCGGGUCUAGUUUCAACCAGUUCCCAUACAUGAGGUUCUCGGAGUCUCCAGAGAAAAGGAUCAAUGUGCAAUUUUACGUGACGUAUCUGCAAUCGAUCCUUUCCUUAGCUAAGAAACUGCUUACCAAAGAUUUGCUGGCGUUUUUGGAUGAAGAAGCAGAAGAUAUUUACGCAUCGGGACAGAUUCAGGUGUUUCCAUACAAGUCUUUCUCGGAAACCUUGAACCUAGUUAUGGUGACACUACUGCGGGAACUCUUGCAGCACCAGAAAGAUUUGCCCGGACCUUUCACUAAGGACGUUCAGGAAUUCGUCAAAUGCCUCUUCCUGAGUGGACAAACGGAACUGCAGAGCCGUCACCACGACGCCUCAGAGAGGGAAGACCGGGAGAGUAACUACGCCACGGUCAAUAAGUUCAAGGUCAAUGUCAUGGCGAAUUCAGCCUGUGUUGACCUUCUCGUCUGGGCUAUUGGCGAUGAGACAGUGGACGGGGAUUAUCACGUACCGGCUCUUAUAAACGCUCUAACCAUAUUAAUAGGUGCGGAUUCGUUAUGUGGACGUUUGACUGAGAAGAUAAACUCUAAUCAUAACCACAAACUCAUACUGGCACAUAUGCCGUUGCUGAUGGUCUGUCUUGAAGGACUCGGCAAGCUAGCGACAAAGUUCCCGACGAUAGCGAACACAUCGAUCUACUGUCUUCGUGACUUCCUAGUGACACCAUCGCCGAUACUCUUCAAGUUACACAAGUUGGAGCUUGAGAAGACCGGCAAGGAACACAUGAAAGUCACUCUACAAGGCAAAGAGCUACAAGGCCUAACCGAGACCGGUGUUCCAGUGAAAUCGACGCCCUUCGAGAAGCUUCGAGACGCCGCCAUAGAGAACUUGUGCGUGGCGCUAGAAGCGGCCCUGACGGUGGACCCGUACUGCGUGCCCGCGCUAGUGGGCUCCGUCAGCAAUCGCCUCUUCACUGCCGAGACUAGUGAUAGCGAAUCUUCUCUAAUAAGUACGAACAUAGUAAUCAUGCUGGGCCACGUCGCCGUGGCGUUGAAGGACACGCCCAAGACAACUGACACCAUUCUGCAGUUCUUCCAGCAAAGACUCUGCCGAGCUCCAUCAUCACUAGACACCCUGAUAGUAGACCAGCUGGGCUGCAUGGCACUGGCCAGCCCCGAGGGUCCGGCACACGACGAGAUCAUGCGGAUGUUCACCGUCAUCACCGUGGAGGCUGCCAGCGCCGCCUACCAUCACACUGAUGAUAAGAAGCAGUACCGGCACGUGUCAGGCGCCGUACUAAACGCGCUGGCGAACAUAGCGGCGAACGUUCGCGGCACUACGGCUCGACUCGAGCUGCUCACUCGACUGCUCGAGUUGUUCGUACAACUGGGACUGGGAGGGGAGAGGGCGACGGACAGAUCGCCGGCCCCAGUGUUGAAGGCAUCUGGGAGUGCUGGGAACUUGGGUGUACUUAUACCUGUUAUAGCUGUCCUAGUAAAACGGUUACCCCCAAUCAGGAACCCGAAACCGCGUCUCCACAAACUAUUCAAAGAUUUCUGGCUAUACUGCGUAGUCAUGGGUUUCACUGCAGCUGAAUCAGGCUUAUGGCCUCAAGAAUGGUACGCCGGAGUAAAAGAGAUAGCAGUGAAAUCUCCCUUCCUAGUCUCCCAAACGUCACUUCGUUCGGAAAUGCGAGAGCUCCAAUACACGUCCGCUGUCCGCAACGAUUCGGUCUCGAUUAACGAACUUCAGGAGUUGAAAACUCAAAUUUCGAAUUUACUGGACCAUCCGCCCGAAGUGACGGUAUUCGUGAAUAAGUUGACUUUUGCGCCGUGUAUGUAUCUACUGAGUGUUUAUUGGUUGGAGACUUUGAGAGUGAGUAAUUCACCGGAGCCAAGCUUACAACCAAUCAUUGAGUAUUUGAGCGAUUCCGCCUUACAGAAAGACAAGACCGGUAUGUGGCAAUGUGUUGCCAGUGUCGGCGACAAAGUAUUCCAAAAAUUCCUUGACGUGAUGUCAGACAAGGUUAAGGACGAGUCCCGCGAGAGGGAGUUGGAGGGCCACGCUCAGUUCCUGCUGGUGAACUUCAACCACAUACACAAGCAGAUACGCAGGGUCGCCGACAAGUGGCUCGCGGGACUGGUCGACAGGUUCCCUCAUCUGUUGUGGAACUGUCGGGUCCUCUGGUCCAUGCUCGACAUUCUCCAAGUUCUAAGCUUUAGUUUAGAAUUGGAUGCGAAUCAAGAAACACCCUUACUGAAAGUCCCUGGAACAGACUUCACUUUACAGCUGCAAGACACUUUAGAAGGUAGAGAGUGCAUUGUGAAAGAUUUUGCAGAUCGUUGUCACGGAAUAGUGCAAGAGGCGAUGAAAUGGGCGCCUCAGUCUACGAGGUCGCAUUUGCAAGAAUAUUUGAAUCAGGUACCAAACUCCACCCUCUGGCAUCAUUGCGGCCUAGCCCUCGCCACCGGAGCCCUACUCGGCGCCGCAGGGCUCAACAGGAUGUCGGCCCCAUUACCUCGGGCUGCGCUGGACAAGCGCCCGCCCUGUGUCACGCAGGACUCCGCUGCGUUACUCGCUGUGGUGUCGCAACGAAGUCGGUAUGCGGGCGAGAUUGCCGGAGCCGUGAGUGCUGAAGGUGGAGGGGAGGCAGCUCUCUGGCGCGUUGGAGCUCGUCUUCAUUCGGCUCUCCGGGAUGCUUGCACCAGCGGCAGCGAAACCUCGCACAGGGCAGCGCUAUGGCGGGCUACAGCUCUGCUAGUGCACGCGCGGCACCACUCGCCGCACGCCGCGCACUCGCACACCGCGCCCACUGCACGAGGCCUGCUGCAUUCUGUGGCCUGGUCUCAAGUAGAAAUCUUCACGGAAGAUGCAGUAACCACGGCAGUCGAAUGUUGGCAAUGGCUGACCACAGCCCGACCUGACUUGGAGAUACGACUCAUGCAGGAAAUAUUUUCCGCGUGGCAGAGCACUGUGGAUCGGAAGAUGGGGCUGUUCUCUAAGCAGCAGGAUGAGAUCAGUCCCCUGGCUGCUCAUGAAGGAGCCAAGCUAGAGCCUCGACCACCCUUCGUGGCGCCGCACGCAGUGUGGGUUCGAUACCUGUGUGAGGUAGCAGAAACUGCCAAGUAUAACAGCUUGGAGAAGGUCGAGAUGUUGGCCAGUUUGUUACAUAGGUCACUGCCAAUCACUGUUGGAGAUAUACGUGAUCAUAUAAACAGACAUGUUGAAGCCGUUGGGGUGAGAUUUAGACUCCUAUCCUGCGGCCUAUCCCUCCUGCAAGGCGACAUCCUCCCCCGCUCCAUAGCUCGCAACAUCCUCCGGGAGCGAGUGUACGCGUCGUGCCUGGACUACUUCUGCCGCGGCCUGACGUGCCCCGCCAAGAGUGCCAGCGCCCUCAGGGAGGACAUCAUCUCCCUCAUCAAGUUCUGGCAGCUCAUGCACUCCGAUAAGAAGUACCUGAAGAGUAGCGAUAUUGCUGGUGAAUUCGAGCUGAUGGGUCCGAGCAGCAAUCAGAGUAUUUACACGUCAAACUCGCCCAUAGACAAUAGAUCAUCUGUCAACAGCGACAUCGGCAGUCGACAAACUACUGGUUGGAUAAAUACGGUGCCGAUGUCAACAACAACUUUAAGCAGUGGUGCGGGUAGCAUUGCAGGCAAGCGGUCGAACCGCAGCGUGAAGCCGCCCGCGAAGCCACAGGACACAUUCGUCAAAGACUACGUUAGGAAGAGGAACCUUAUAUUGGAGUUGAUGGCAGUAGAGAUCGAGUUCCUAGUGACUUGGCACAACCCUCACGGCAGACCCGAGCAGGCGGUGCCGGGCGAGGACAACAUCGCCACGUGGCGGUCCAAGCCCAACACUGACAGGACUUGGCGGGACUACGCCAAGCUUGCCUGGGAUAUUAGUCCUACACUCGCUGUGUUCUUGCCUGAGAGGCUGAAAAACGAAGGCAUAGUAGCGGAGAUACGUCGCAAGGUGCAAGCGCAGCCGACGGCCGUAUGUCACGUGCCGCAAGCGCUCAAAUAUCUUGUCACUACUGAUACUCUACUUAGCGAUGCUCAUGAGCUCGUCCACAUGAUAACCUGGGCCCGAGUGACCCCAGUAGAAGCCCUCUCGUACUUCAGCCGGCAGUACCCGCCGCAUCCUCUCUCUGCGCAGGCGGCUGUCAGCACGCUGACGUCAUAUCCGUCUUCUGCGGUACUGCUGUAUAUACCGCAGUUGGUGCAGGCUUUACGACAUGACACUAUGGGCUAUGUAGCGGAAUUAAUAAAGUCUCUAGCGAAGAAGUCUCAAGUGGUAGCUCACCAGCUCAUCUGGAAUAUGCACACCAACUUGUAUACCGAUGAAGAAAUGCAUAACAAAGAUUCUUUAUUCGACAUCCUAGAAAGCUUAACAAAGAACAUAGUGGACCACCUAUCCGGUCCCGCUAAAGCGUUCUACGAGCGAGAGUUCGACUUCUUCAGUCAGAUCACGAACAUCAGCGGAGUUAUCCGACCUUACCCGAAGGGUGCCGAGAGGAAACGAGCCUGCUUGGAGGCUUUGAAGACUGUUAAGGUCCAACCCGGGUGUUAUUUACCUUCAAAUCCGGAUUCCAUGGUUGUUGACAUCGACUACAAGAGUGGUACCCCUAUGCAAAGUGCAGCGAAAGCUCCCUAUCUGGCGCGGUUCAGAGUGCGCAAAUAUGGCAUUGAUGAAAUGGAAGCCAUCGCUAUGGCUAUAUCUUCGGGCGAAGAUUUACCUUCGGAGGAAGGCAAGGACAGAUACACAGGCAUAGCAUCAGAAGUAUGGCAGGCCGCCAUAUUUAAAGUCGGAGAUGACGUACGACAAGACAUGCUGGCCUUACAAGUUAUAUCCUUGUUCAAGAACAUAUUCCAACAAGUUGGGCUCGAUUUAUAUCUGUUCCCGUAUAAGGUCGUCGCCACGGCACCUGGAUGUGGCGUAAUAGAAUGCGUACCGAACGCGAAGUCUCGCGACCAGCUCGGGCGACAGACCGACAUCGGCAUGUACGAGUACUUCAUCAAGAAGUACGGGGACGAGACCACCAGGGAGUUUCAGGCAGCGCGUCGUUGCUUCGUGACAUCGAUGGCGGCGUACAGCGUGAUCGGCUUCCUGCUGCAGAUCAAGGACCGGCACAAUGGCAACAUCAUGCUCGACGUCGACGGACAUAUUAUACAUAUCGAUUUCGGCUUCAUGUUCGAGUCAUCCCCUGGAGGUAACUUAGGCUUCGAGCCUGACAUCAAGCUGACUGACGAGAUGGUGAUGGUGAUGGGCGGCAAGAUGGAAGCUCCACCCUUUAGGUGGUUCUGUGAACUGUGUGUGCAAGCCUUCCUCGCUGUCAGACCCUACCAAGAAGCAAUAAUAUCGAUGGUAUCCCUAAUGCUAGACACCGGAUUACCAUGCUUCCGAGGACAAACAAUCCGCCUUCUUCGUUCUCGAUUCGCGCCGAAUUCCACGGAAAAGGAAGCAGCCGCCUACAUGCUUUCAGUCAUAAGGAAUUCCUUCCUAAACUUCAGAACUAGGACAUACGACAUGAUACAGUAUUAUCAGAAUCAGAUACCGUAUUAAUAGAGGUUUUUUUUCGGUUCAUUUUUGAAGGUAAAUGUGAACUUUUCAGCCUUUUGUUGAGAUGGUGAAAUAAAUGUUUUGAAUUCUGCGAUGAUGAUUUGAAUUUGAUGUUGCGUGAUAUUUUUUUUAAGUUUUUGUUGAUUUGACCCUGAUGGUGCAAUGGUCACUAUAUCGCACUGCUAAACAGAGGGUGCAAGGGUUGGUUCCCGGUACAGACAACAUUUUUGCGAUGAGCAUAUUUGUUGGCUGUGUGCUGAAUGUUAUAUAUAUCCUAUAACAAUACAGGCUCGCUUACUUGGGUUUAACCGACCGUGUGGAAAGGUGUCCCGAGAGUUUAGCGAUAUUAACAGUAUUACCUACCAGGUAACAUAAUAUGGACAUCAAGUCAUACUUAUUCUUGCCAUCAAUUACUCUCUAAAUAAGUUUUCUCAAAGCUUUCGAUAGACGAAGAUUUUUACUUUUAGACAAUGUCCCAUAUUACUGUUCAUACGCGAAUGCCGGGCGAUAAGUUUGCGAAAGUAAGCUAUACUAGUCUCAUGCCCGUUUUCACCAACAAUCUCUUAACGUUUCCCUAAAUGCCACUUAGAAUAGGGCUCCCCCAAUAAUAAAGGUUAUAAGGGUCACAUAAACUUCCCUAAAUGCUCUUAGGGGAUCCCUAAAUUCAGGUAUUUGUUGGUGAAAAUGGGCAUAAGUGAUUAGAUAAUAGUUUCAGCCCGCGGUUUUAUCUGGAUAUUUCAAAAUAAAACGCCAAAUUACGACACAAAAAGACAGUUUAUUAAGCACAUUCAAUAUUAUCUUGCGAAUGAAUUGACGACAUGUAGAUAUUAUUAUAAAUUGCCAUUGCGAAGUAUAUCGAUCAAUUUUUUUGACUACUACAAUAUUUAAAACAUCUUAUAUCUAUAGGUUGUAACAAUUUGCAUCACCAAGCAGAAAGCUGUGCUCAGACUUAAAGUAAAAAAAGCUAUUGCUAAAAUCUAAAAAAAAAAACUAAACGGAAAAUAAAAA